GAAAAGGAAAAAGAGAGAUGGCAGAGCAAUUUGCGAAGCAGGGAAAGCAUUACGUUGAAGGAAGGCCAAGUUAUCUGGCACAGCAAUAUGCAGAAGGAAGGCCAAGUUAUCCGCCGCAGCUCUUUCAAUUCAUUGCUUCAAAGACACCCUCUCACCAACUUGCUUGGGACGUCGGCACCGGAACCGGCCAAGCUGCUAUAUCUUUAGCUGCAAUAUACAAGAAUGUCAUAGCCACGGAUGCUAGUGAUAAGCAACUUGAAUUUGCAGCCAAGCUACUUAAUGUGCGUUACCAACAUACCUCUUCAACCAUGACCAUGGCCGAGCUUGAACAAAAGGUGGCACCUCAGGGGACCAUAGACCUUGUGACCAUUGCUCAAGCCAUGCACUAUUUUGACCUACCAAUCUUCUACGAACAAGUCAAGUGGGUUCUCAAGAAGCCUCACGGAGUCAUCGCUGCUUGGUGUUACUCUUUGCCAAGAAUUAAUGAUGAAGUAGACGCUAUCCUUGAUCGAUUAUAUUCCAUUGAUGGAAGCCCUUAUUUUGAUCCAGCUCGCAGAUGGGUUGAUGACAAUUAUAAAAGCAUUGAUUUUCCAUUUGAGCCUGUGGAUGGAAAUGAUCACACAGGACCCUUUGAGUUUGUGAUAGAGAAAGAGAUUGAUUUGAAUGGUUUCUUGGCUUACAUCAAAUCAUGGUCAGCAUAUCAUGUAGCAAAGGAGAAAGGAGUGGAGCUUCUUGGGGAAGAUGUAGUUGAAAAACUCAAGCUUUCUUGGGGUGAAGAUGGCAAAAGGGUUGCCAAGUGCCAAGUUUAUCUGAGAAUUGGAAGAGUAGGGGAUGCCUGAAAAUAUGCAAGUGGUUACUUCUUUGGUCUGUCCUAGAGGGAGGUAGGACAAGUAACAUCUUUUAUCCGUUGAAUAAAUAAUUAGCUUCAUUGGUACUAAUUGAAUAAUUGGGUAAACUGUUAAGGAUGGAUGAAGUAAUAAGCAUAGAUUCUUUGGGGGUUUGGUGUUAACAAAUUCCAAUAGCAUGGUGGUAAAAGUGAUAACGGGGUUUCUGGGUCUUUUAGUGGUUUUGAAAAAGAUUUGGUGUGUUGAAUGUUAAUGAGGUUAUUAUUACCAUGGUGUGGCUCAAUGAGUCCAUCUUGUUGGCACGAUGAAUGGUAAUUUUCUGUGUUAUUGGAUUGAGGAAGUGGUGGAGAUGAAGUAAGAUGAGGGAGAAGGAAAAGGAAACCAAUUGUUUGUUUUGAGCUUUGUGCGUGAUUCUAAUAAGGGGCGC